AUGUCUCCAGGUCCUGGUUCUGUUAGCAGUGCAGGUAUCGAGCUUCUGCAGGCGCUCCAAAUUUAUGCUCCCAAGAGGGGUGAUCAUUGCGUGAGCACUGCGUGCCAUUCUGGGAAGAGGGGCCUCACAUCUUGCGCGAGUGGAAGAGCCUUGCAAGGCAGACUCCAGUCAAUCCCUACUGCUGGUUCGGGUGGUGGGGUGAUGGUGCUUCUCACAGAGGCAAAAAUGCUCAGCGGUAUUCGUUCUGCGAAAGUUGAGUUUAGAGCAAAUGGGUUGCCAGAAGUUGGGAGCUCGCAUCUCCCACCGAUGCCUGGCCCGGGACGCUGUGACCGCAGCUGCCAGCACUGCCGCGGUGCUCAUCGGGUUGCUGCUGCCAACAGUUUUUCUCAGGAAAUUGAAAAUUUCAGUUUAAGACAAGCCAUCCGAGAGAGGAAUAUUCAGUGGAUAGAUUCUUACCAAUCAGAUAGUCUACGUCCUCUACAGCGUACAAAAAGGACCUGGAUUAUCACCACCAUUCCUGUUCAAGAGGAGGACAAAGGACCGUUCCCAAAAUAUGCUGGAGAGCUGUUCAAUAGCAAAUCAUUGAAUACAUCAGUAAAAUACUUAAUCAGUGGACCUGGGGUAGAUGAAUCUCCAGAGAUUGGAUUGUUUUCUAUAGAAGAUGAUAUAAAUGGACGUGUGUAUGUACAUCGUACCAUUGACAGAGAAAAGACCCCAACUUUUCAGAUACGUUUCGAUAUUGUGUGCAGAAAAACUGGUGAACCAUUGGACCACCCUUUAUUUUUCAAGAUAAAGGUUAAAGAUAUUAAUGACAACGCACCUGAGUUUCCCAAGGAGGAAUAUAGUGUUACAAUAAGAGAGAACCACAGUAAAGAUAAGCCAGUUUUCCAAGUUACUGCCUCGGACAAAGAUGAAGACGGCACUGCAAAUUCUCAGGUGUCCUAUUCUCUAAGUAUGCAAAUGCCCAUUCCAGAUGGAUUCACAUUUAAUAUUGAUCCUACCACAGGAUCAAUACUUCUGACAGGAUGCCUGGAUUAUAAGACUGCCAACUCUUUCAAACUUCUGAUUAAAGCCAGUGACCAUGGAACGCCCCAGCUGUCAUCUACUGCAACAGUGAAUGUAGUUGUUGAAGAUGCAAACAACCACCUCCCUGUAUUUACUAGUGAUAAUAUCCUAGUUUUGAUCCAUGAAGACCUCAGCGCCUCUACACCUGCUUGCCCACUAACUCAGUACAUGCUGAUGGGGCAGUUGGGUGUGGUAGCAAUGCUUCUGCUGGCACAUUCUCUGUGGGUGCUUGUAGAGCAUUUGCUGUAUGAACGGGAGCAAUUGAGCUUGCUGGCAGGAAGAGGGCUCCGAGGAGUUAAAAGCUGUAAACGGUACCAGCUACAGAUUUCAGCAGGUCAAGAACAUCCAGCUGUACUACGGCUCCAAGUGGAAGAUAAAGACUUUCCCAACACUCCAGCUUGGAGAGCAAAAUACAGAUUAACAAAAGGCAAUGAAAAGGAACAGUUCACCAUUGAGACAGAUCCAGACACAAAUGAAGGCAUUCUGAAUAUUAUCAAGCCUCUCGACUAUGAAGAUGGCUCUGACAUGAGACUCGUCAUUUCUGUAGCAAAUGAAGAACCUUUCUUCUCAUGUAAAAAUGGUAUUGUGAUGAUCUCAAGCCUAGAAUCCAUGAAUACAACUGUGAACAUAAAGGUCUUACAGUCACAAAGUGCUCCUAGGUUUCAUCCUCCUAUGCUUAUUGUCCAAAAAGAAGAUUCAAUGAAGCCUGGGAGGGUAUUUAGAAGGUAUCCUGCCACAUAUCCAGAUGGUGUGCCAAAUAAGAUAAAAUAUGAACUAGCCCAUGACCCAGAUGGUUGGCUGAGUGUGGAUGAGAAUUCCGGAGUUCUUACUGUGGCAAAAGAGUUUGAUCAAGAAUCCUCUUAUGUGAACAACAGCCUGUACACCAUCAUUGUUCAUGCCAUUGAUCAUGGUGUUCCACCACAGACUGGUACGGGCACCAUCCUGCUUUACUUGUCUGAUAUUAAUGGUCAUAUGCCAACAUUAGUGGCUCCUUUUUUAGAUGUAUGUGACAAAAAAGUAGGGACACCGCUCAUUAUAAAAGCUAAGUCUGCUCCGGUCUAUUCACAUUCUGGGCCAUUUACAUUUGAGCUGGCUGAGGACUCCGAAGAUAUGAAGCAUAACUGGAAAUUAGGAAGGAACUUUGGGCAAUCAGUUGAACUUUUAAUGUUAAGAAGCCUUCCACAAGGUAGCUACUUGGUGCCCAUGAUUAUUCAGGACUGGCAAGGAUUUUCUACAAAGCAGAAUCAGCACGUUAGGCUCUGCUUUUGCACAGAUGGACAUACAUGCGAAGAUUCAUCACUUCCACAAGCAGCAGUGAGACUUGGAGGUGGUGCCAUUGCAGUAAUAAUGACGGCUUUCUUAUUACUACUGGUUUCCAGUAUUCUACUUUGCUGGUUUUACGUGCCAGGAUCUAAAAGCAAAGCCAUUGUUCUACCUCAAGAAGGUGAACAGAGUUUAAUCAACUAUAAUGAAGAGAGCAGGAUCUCUUUAUCUCAAGCUAAACUGGAUAUUACAGAUUAUGCUGCUCUACCACCUGUUUCUGUUGAGACUGGAAAAGAAGUGAUUGCUGAGGACAGCCUGUGUGCUAAUUGCGAGACAUUCCAACUAAGACACCUUGAUUGCAUUAUACGGACAGUGGACAGAACACUGGGUCAGAAACUGUAUUACCAAAACACACUGGAAGAUUACGGGUCCAUCUAUAAACCUUACAGCUAUGCUGAGGAAGGAGGACUAGAGCGAAGUGACUCCUUCUGCUCUGUCUCCAUUGGCAGUGAGGACUUGCCUGUUGAUUUUUUGAACACUUUGGGACCAAAAUUUUCUGCUCUGGAAGAAAUCUGUCAGAAGUGA